AUGCGCAUUCUCGAAGACAGCUUAAUCCACGUCAACCUCCGCGACAGUUCUGGGACGCCUUUGCAGCACCUGGUCGUGGCAACGCAGGAUGCGUCGCUGCUUCAAAUGCUGCUGAAAAAACCUGACCUCCAACUCGACGCCAAAGACGCGACAGGUCGCACGGCUCUCGCAAUCGCGCUUACCACUGGCAACACGAAGACUUCCCUUGCGCUGCUCCACGCAGGCGCGUCCGUGGAACUCGUCGACAAGGUUCAAUGUGCUUCAGCGCCCGAUUUCGUCGCCGCUUUGCGCCAAGUAGCCUCCUCCAACGACACGAGCUCUGUGGUGCAUCUACUGCGUCUGGGCGUGAGUUGCUCGUUGGCCAACGAGCAAGGCGAAACGGUGUGGCAUGUGGCGGCUGCAAAGGGCCACCUGUCUAUCCUCAUGAUGCUGGUCCAACGAGAGAUCAAGGGCGAGAAUGGCAUUGACGCGACCAACCACAAUGGGGAAUCACCCGUUUUUGUUGCUGCGAUCGCUGGCCACGCCGACGUUGUCCAAUGUCUCCUUCGCGCCAACGCCAACCCCAUCUCGUUUCCAAAGUACUGUCUUUGA